GUCGCACACGAUAGAAAAUUCGCCGCGACUAUGAAGAGAGCAAGACUCACUAUGCCACUCUCCGGUGACAGCGCCACCAUCAAACCACCGCCGCCGCACCCGCUGCCACUGCUGCCCCCGACGCCGCCGCAAACCGCUCAAGUACUGCUCAAGAAACCGAGAAGAGCCAUCCUCAAGCGUCCUACUGCCCUAUUUUCUACAGCUGCGCCGGAUUCCUCAACCUGGGCCCCGCUUAACCUCAGCCAAUCGGAGCUCUCCCUCCCGCUCACAUUCCCCACCGGCCAGACCUUCCGAUGGAGGCAAACCGGCCAUCUUCAAUACACCGGCUCCGUCGGCCCCCACCUGAUCUCUCUCAAGCACCACGACGACGACAAUGGCGGCGUGUACUACCACGUUCAUCGAACGCCGUCGCAUUCCGACGCCGAAUCUGCGCUCCUCGACUUCCUCAACGCCGAAGUCUCCCUCGCCGACCUCUGGCGCGAGUUCUCGGCCUCCGAUCCGAGAUUCGCUGAGCUUGCCCAGCAACUGAGGGGAGCUAGGGUUCUGAGGCAGGAUCCGUUGGAGUGUCUGAUUCAGUUCCUCUGCUCCUCGAACAAUAACAUCGGCCGCAUUACUAAAAUGGUGAAUUUCCUUUCCUCGCUGGGGGAAUGUUUGGGGGCCGUUGGGGAUUUCGAGUUUCAUGAGUUCCCCACUCUGCAGCGGCUGGCUGGGGUUACGGAGCAGCAGCUUAGAGAAGCUGGUUUUGGUUAUAGGGCGAAGUAUAUUACUGGCACGGUGGAUGCUUUGCAGUCAAAACCUGGUGGAGGUUCAGAGUGGCUUGCUUCCAUGCGCAAAUUGGACCUCCCAGUUGUGAUUGAUGCUUUGAGUACUUUGCCCGGAGUUGGUCCCAAGGUGGCUGCCUGCAUUGCACUCUUCUCUCUUGAUCAGCACCAUGCUAUUCCCGUUGAUACCCAUGUGUGGCAGAUUGCUACAAGAUAUCUCCUACCCGAGCUUGCUGGCACUCGCCUUACACCCAAGCUCUGUGGCCGUGUUGCAGAUGCAUUUGUGAUGAAGUACGGUAAAUAUGCUGGCUGGGCACAGACAUUACUUUUCAUUGCUGAACUACCUCCGCAGAAAGCUCUUGUCUCACUCAAUUCAAGGUCCUCUGAGGAGUCUGAAUUCUUGAAAGGGAAGGACAAGAAAGCAAAGAAAGGUCUCCAUUCCAAGUAGGGGACGGGAAGUGAUGGUGCCUAUGAUAUGGGGACUACCUUCGGCAUGAUGCACCCAGUUCGAGUUUGGAGAUGACCAACUGCAACCGUCCUCAUAUGUAGGUCUAUGUAUGGUAAAAUGAGAAAGGGUAACAGCACAUCGGAGUUCAAGGUUGAUGAGUCGAGCAUUUUUCGGGGAAUAGGUCCAUGUAUCAGCAGUGCGUCGGGGACCGGUCUCCCUGGUUAAUGGCUAUUGCCACUUCGCAACUGGCCUAUCCGAUGGUGAUUUCGAGCGAGAGCAUUGGGUUGCAUUGCAUCAAGGGAUUCAAGGAUGCCCUCAACGGCUGAAACAAAGUACGGCAUGGGCAAGAAAUAGAAAAGUCAUAAAGCAUACUUCUGAGUUACCAAUUUGUAGCCACUGUUGUGACUUCGUACACUCUGUGAAUUGUGAAACCCGAGCUUCAACAAUGUGAUGAUGAUUGAGUUAUUGCAAUUGCUGUUUGACAGACUUUGUAGAGCUUGCCAGCUUCGUGUUUUUAGAGUGUCUAAUUUCUGUUAUUUCCUGCGGCUAAAUUACUCGUUUGGUCACUCAAAUU